AUGAAGAUCGCCCUGACAGGAUCCGAAUGGCUGGCUCGUCUCGCCAAAGAUGCACAGGUCAUAGACCAAGACCCAACCCUGGCGAAUUUGAUACUGGCCAAGUCACUGUCAGACAGCAAUCAAUCACAGAACCAGAGGAACCGGCGCGUUUUGGCACUUCGACUUCGCCGAUGGAGAGGGAUUUCUGGGAGCUUCACAGGAAGCUUGGAGAAGCCUAUGAGGUUUCGAAAAGCACCUGGCUGUGUCAAGCUCACCUCUUGUACACCGCCCUUUUUGCACAGUCAGCCUGGACUGCAGCGCUUCAGCCGCAGCACGAGCAAUUUGGGGAGCGCACCAGGCACACCCGCGGACAAUAAGCGUUUAACGCGUGCCGAAAGCGCGAGAAGUGGCGCUCUCGAGAAGUCUGGCGAGAAUGAAUUACAAAGGAGCUUGGAAAGCAGCUUCGAAAGCAUUGCCCCAGUGGAGCAGCGCGCCUCCUUCGUGCGGCAGGGCUCCACGCCCAUGGACAUGGCACCUGACAGCACUUCCGCCGUUCCCUUGCCUUCGGUUCCGUUGGACUGUUGGCUCCAUCGAGCGAAGACAAACGGGACCCGUAUCACGAAGAGAACGGUGGAGGAGGCGGCCGAGGCCAGCUUCUUCGAGGAUUUCCCUGCUGUGGCCAUGGGCAGCAGUGCAGUGACGGUGGGAUAUUGGACGAUGGAUGUUGUCCUCUCCUUCUUCACUGGAUACCUGCAAAAAGGCAACUUGAUUCUGAAUCAUGGAGACAUUGCGCGCCACUACUUGAAGUCUUGGUUCCUGCCCGAUUUUCUGGUCACGACCAUUGACAUCGUCCUGACCUUCUCUGGUGCUGAGACUGAUCGUGCAUCGACGCGGAUCUUGCGGCUCCUGCGGCUCUUCCGGGUCGUCCGUCUCGGGAAGUUGACGCGCUUCGUGGCCUUCGUGCGCGACAAGUUUGAGUCGGAGACGGCCUACACGCAAUUCAGUUUGAUGCUCUUGAUCGCGGGGAUGAUGCUGCUGGAGCAUGUGGUUGCUUGUGGCUGGUUAGGUAUUGGAUCUUUGACAUCUGAACCAGAGACAUGGACGACGAGAUAUCGGGCAGAGGCGGCUGCCUUUACGGUGAAGUAUACACACAGCCUGCGGUGGGCCUUCUCCCAGUUGGGCAUUGGAGGGACGAACAUCGAAGCGGUGAACGAACCGGAAGGGCUCUACAGUGUCGUUGUUGCCCUGGUGUCCUUGAUUACCUUCUCAACCAUCAUCAGUUCAAUGACCUCUUUGGUCAGCACUUUGCAAAGCAAACGCAUGGAACAGACGCAGCAGUUCGGCUUGCUCCGACGAUUCUUGCGACUGAACAAGAUCCCAGAAGGCCUGGGCAGCCGUGUCACUCGCUUCCUACACUACACCUACCAAGAAAGAGCAUUGAAUUCAGGUGAUCCGUACAUACUGGACUACCUCUCCAAGUCCCUUCAGGCUGAGCUGCUUUUGGCGCGAUACCGUCAGCAGCUUUCCAAGAUGGCAUACUUAAGACCUUUGCUGCGAAAUGGUUUCUUGAGCCUGCAAGAGAGUAAGACCUUGCAGACGCUGGCCAGUCAAGCCGUAUCAAUGCAUGACGUAGCAGAAGAUGAUGUGAUCUUCUGCAGUGGGCACGCUGCGAGCUACUCAUACUUUGUGGCACAUGGAUCUAUGUUGUACUUGCAGAAUAACAGCCCAGAGAGACAAGCACCAAACGAUUCCUGGAUUGCGGAGAUGUGCUUGUGGAGCACCUGGACUCACGUUGGCGAUUUGAUGUGCCACAGUUUCUGCAAGGUUUUGGCCAUCCACGUGACGGAGUUCUGCAACAUCAUCUCGGGUGAAACAAGCAUGCAAGUUCGUGCCCAUCACUAUGCCACCGCUUAUGUGGAGAAGCUGAACGUGGCGCAGAAUGUGAACGACUUGGGGAUCACCGAGAUGGAAGCUGGAGGAAAGCGUUCCAGUUUGGCCUCCCUUGGCAACAUCGGCGCCUUUGGAAACCCUCUCCGCUUCUUUGACAGGCCUUUUCGAGCACUGCGGGGUGAUGAUGCGGGGUGCCGGACAGCUCCACAAGAAGUGGUGAGAGCUGCGCGAAGCCUCAUCGCCAACGCCAGCGAUUGGCUCCGCUGGCUUCCUCAGACAAAGAUGAUCAUUUUGGAGGGCGACGUGCAACAGUUUCCACUCAAGCGUCUUGAGGACGCCUGGUGCAGCGGAUGCAUCCAGGGCCUCUUCCCCAAGGAGGCGCGCCGCUUCGGCGCAGGCCUUUACAACCCUUCAGUGGCGCCGGGGCCUGAGGGACCCACCGAAGGCACUUGGCUCGCAGUCUUCCGUGCCUCCAACUGGCACUACUGCCCGGAGUCUGGCUGGGAUGGGAAUUGGUCGCACGUUCCUCACCACAAGGCACAGGGGCAGCAGUACAAUCGGCCGAUCGUGGCGCUGCUGCGGAAUUGGACGUUGCUGGAGGCAGCCGCCCUGGAGUUCCCCAAGGAUCGCUUCACAGCGCGCUUCCAAGAGGUUCAAGCCGGAGAAGUCCUCGCUGAGCGCUCGAUCGAAGGCCCUGAGGACUUGCGACUCCAUCGCUCGAGCGAGGGAACAUAUUGGGUCUCGUUCAGCUUCCGCAGCGCCUUCCUGGCGAAGCUCCACGUGAGCUUUUGCCACGGCAUCCCCAAGUGCAAGAUGGUUGCCUCCAUUGACGCAUCAUCCAUGACAGAGUUCACACCUGAGGCCUUGUGGAAGAAGAAGCACCGACAGCAACAAGCCUUCAAGAACCUCAACAUCGCAAAUCUCAAAGAGGACACCGCCCUGGUGGAGUUCUCCUUGAACCCACGGAUCCUUCUCCAGGUGGAUUUGCCCUCCGGGCUGUGGAUUCAGGUGUCGUCCAGUGAGACCUCGAGCCUCCCAGUCCUCCACGAGUCUCAGCAUUUCUUUCGAGGAGGAUUUUGCUGUCUCCAGGUGACUUGGGCCAAGCGAAGGGUGCAUUUGGGGAUCGCACACAUCAAGGGCCCAUCAGGGCGGCACCGGCCAAUGCCCUUGAAAGUUGGAGCCAAGUUGGGGGAGUUUCCUCACAAAGGCUUCGGGGUGAAGGAGCUUCGAGAAGUGCGCUGCAGCGGGAAGGAGCCGAAACGGAUGAUCUUCAGCCUGCAGGUGGGCCAGCCGCACAUCAAUGCGCUGGAGACCAUGCAUGGAGCAUUUACGAUGUUGCUGUUGGAUGUCUUGACCACGAUCACCAUCAUGGAUUUCAGCCCCAAGCCUACCGUCUCGGUGAACAUGGCAGGCCAAUAUCAAGGCGCUGCCAAGUUGGGUGACGAGCUGUCUCUUGACUGCCGGGUGGAAAAGGCCGGAAAAUCCCUGGUCUACACCUCCAUGACGAUCAAGUCGGGUGACAAGACUGUGUUCACUGGCCAACACACCAAAAUGUUCAACCGCUACGUGUUCCUACACCGCUUCUAUGUGAGCAACCUGGAAGCGCCUUAUGAGGUUCUUGGCCUCUCUCCCGAGCUUUGUUUUCACUUCCUGGGCGCCUCAGGAGUGCCGUGGCAGACGGACGUCCAAGAGGGCUGCGAGACCUUGCAGUUCGUCUCAGGCAUGAUGCUGAAGGAUCAGGACACACUCAUGCUAAGUGUGGGGGUCAGUGACUGUGAAUCCUCCUUCGUGUCCCUCCACUUGGCCACGGUCCUGGAGCUACUCCAUCCCCCACAGCCGCCCCAAAAGCUGCCAAAGCAUGUGGCCGCGGCGGGCGCCCGUGCCGACCGCGGCGGCCCAGUGGCGAGCGCCUUGCGGGCCCUGCGACUGCUGAAGGCAAUGGCCAAGCCCAUGGCGUUGCCUGGAGAAGCAACGCGAAAAGAUGUUCCAGAGGCCUUGCGCGCCCAGCACCGCCUGGAGCACCUUUGGCAGAAGCGCUUGGCGGAGAGGAGUCGGGCGUGCCAAGAGGCCAUUGACUGCCCCGAGAAGCACUUGUUGGGGAAGGCCCAGCUGAUGAGUGAAAGCCCUUGA